UCCUAUUAAAAUAGUUUCGUAAUUUCUCUUCAACAUGUCAUCAAAUAAUGCUUUCGAUACCUACGAAAAUGUUUAAGCUGUUGAGCUUUUUCACUUAUGUAUGCAUUUUAUUUUCCAUCAUAGAAAGAACUUUCUGUUUGCAAAUAUGCAGGUUUAUUAAGUACAUUUUUUGAAUACUUCAUCUUAUCACUGAAAUGUUUCAAAAAAAUUUGUUCAAUUAUCUCACGAAAUUACUGUUUACAUGAUUAACAGUAAUUUUGAGAUUAUUGUUUUCUAAUUUUGAGGACUGGUGUAUUUACACGGCAAGCUUGCCAUUUAUUGUUUCGAUUUAAGUUAAUAUACUGCAUUCGUUCCAUAAAUAUACCUCUCAAAUAUAUUUUAUGAUUAUGUUUUUUAAACAAUAUUUGUUACGUCUAUAACGAUAAAUUAAACCAAAGUUCAAAUUGUAUAACAUCAUCGCUGUCUUCGUAAACGGAACGCGUCCUGUCAAUGUCGGCUGCGAAGUUGGAGAAUGACGUUUCAUUUUGUAAACAAUCGUUAUUCUAAGUACAAUAUUAAAUUUGAUUGUACAGGAAUAUUUGCCUUUGGAAAAUUCUUGUACGCUCUUCCUUAUUUUCCUCUAAAAUGAAUAAAAAAUAACGUAAAACAUACAACAUGGGUUUGACUCUAGAAGAAAGUACUACUGAGGAAGUAGCACCCCUGCUGCAUGAAAUAGUAAAAAGAAUUUUAGCUGAGAGCAAAACGUUUGAUUCAAUACAAAAAGAUUUUCUAUUUGUUAUGAUUGUAGUGCUGAUGAUAGAGAAUGGCUUUAUACUUACAAAUAAUCAUGUGGAGAUAGAUCCUAUGCAAUCAUUCAAUUCAGUACUGUUAUCUAGAUGGAAGCAACCCUCUGGAAUCUACGAAACCACAUUCAUCCUGUCAGGAUUUAAAAAUGUUACUCUAAAAGUGAUAAUGAGUCCACUUGGAGCAACUGUUCUAGUGAAUGUAGUAGCUAAUGAGCUGAACCAUGAAACAUACACCAUCUGUUUACCAAUCAGCCGUUAUGUGGUCUCACCACAAGCAACAUCCAUUCCAAUGAUAUUUCGAGACUUGAAACACUUUUCAACAACAUUCAAAAAUAAAAUAAUAUCUGCCGUUAAAAGCAAAAUACUAAGUCACCAUGGUUAUCCCAGUGCAAGUUUAGCUGGAUUACCUGAAGAAGUGCUUUUUAAAAUAAUGCUAAACUUACCUGUUCAAGAUAUCCUUAGUAUAUGUAAAACCAACUCAAGGCUGAAAAUGUUGCUUGACAAUGACAGUUUGUGGUACUCGUUGUGCAAGAGGGAUUUUGAGUGUAAUUCUCAGGCAGAUGUUAGAAACUGGAAGGAACUGUAUAAACAAAUUUAUAUUGUGGAACUGGACAAGCAACAAAGGAGUAUGAAUAGAGCGGCUGGGAGCAUGCAUGACUAUAUGGACUACUCAGAUUAUGUAUCCUACAUUGAUAAUCCAAUGUGGAACAUUAUUUGAAUGCUUAUGAUAGCAAUAAUCAAUUUAAAUAUUUUAGUUUUUAUUGUUAUGCACUACAUGUUGAAGAGUUUCAAUAAAUGAUCAAAUAAGCUUUUAA